AGUAAGCGCGCAGUAAGUGGAUUACUCGAUGACAAUAAAGUCCGGGCGCCGCGCGUCGACGCCGAACGCCGGCCGUGCAGCACCAGCAGCAUCCCCCGGAAAACGACCGGCGGUGGCCUGCCACGUGUGUCGCGACAACUCGUUCGCGAGCACCCGCUGCGGAACGGACACGUUUAGCGCGCAGUGAUAAAACAAUCAGUGCAAUCAAACCAACCGACAAAUUAACCAACAACCCAGUGCAGUGCGUGACAAUUAAAAUUUUGUUUCCGCGUGUGGUUUAUCAUACAACGUCACAAUUUUCGGGGACGUGCGAAAGCUUGCUGGAGUCGACAGUGGCGAAGUCGCUCGCAGCAUGUUUUGUUAUCACUGCCCGCCGUCGCUAUCAUCGACCUCGCCGCGUUCAGCCGGGACGCAUCAUCAUCUAGGAGGGACGGCGGCGGCCGUCGCUGCCGCCGCCGCUGCUCGUAUGCCACCACAUCAAAUAGAUUAUCCGUUUGGGACUUCACAUCCUUAUCCAACAUAUUCGUAUCAUACGGGGAUUCAUGAUGAUACUUUCGUCCGACGGAAACAGAGGCGUAAUCGGACUACGUUUAGUCUUCAACAGCUUGAAGAAUUAGAAACCGCGUUUGCCCAAACCCACUACCCCGACGUAUUCACUCGAGAAGAUCUAGCAAUGAAAAUCAACCUCACCGAAGCACGAGUGCAGGUGUGGUUUCAAAAUCGCCGCGCAAAAUGGCGAAAAGCCGAGCGCCAUAAAGAAGAACAACGUAAACGAUGCGACGGCGGUGGUGAUGACAGCACGCCGGGUCAAACCGAAAUAAAACGCGAUGAAGAAGACACCACUGAUAAUAUGUCCAAAGACGAGUGCGAAGAAAUCAAUAUCGGGUCGCCGUCAAAUAGUUGCAGUAGUGAUACAGAAACACCCUCAUCAGUCGCCGAAAAGAAACCGCGAACUGAUGCGGAUAACGAAGACAUCAGUGGCGGUGGCAGUCCUACUCCCCCAUCGUCGAUUGUCAGUGAACCGGUAGUUUCAGGCAGUAACCAGACUGCAAUCAAGUCACCGUCAACGAAUUUAUCACAUAUAUUUCCGUUUGGACGUGACAGUGUUGGAUUUCGUCCAAUAUUGGAUCCGAGCACAACUAGUAUCAACGAAAGUAAUAUUAAUCGAAAAUCGCCAUUACCACCAUCAGCUCUGUUCUUUCCACCAAAUUUAGCUGCACAUGUGGGGUCACAGUUCUCAUCACCAUUAUUUCCGUCGCUCAAAGGUUUUCCAAGUUUCUGCUCAUGCUGUCCAAUGAAACCGAUCAACAGUCUGUUCUACCACCAGCAACAACAUAACCACAAUCAUUCACAGCAUGAUACUUCGAAUACAAGUGAUGCACCUACCUCACCGCCGACUGAUGCGCAGCGUUCAUCGAGCGUGGCCGAGUUGCGUCGUAAAGCACAGGAACACUCCGCCGCCCUGCUGCAAUCACUGCAGCACGUUGCGAGUAUACACCAGCACGCCGCCGCCACCGGUCAUCUUAAUUCACUCGCCGCUGCUGGCUUCAACUUUCCGCUUCUGCCGCCGUUGAAUCUGCAUCACUCACUCAGCGAGGUCAAUCGUACAGCGCCCCCUGCGGAAGAACCCGUAACUAAAGAACAAUAAAACGUUGAGUACAUUAAGUAGCCUAUAGUCUCUAGAAGAACAAAUGCAAUACCAAAGAAUAGUUUUAAGUAUAUAGUUAUAAUUCGUCAAAACAAAGUGCAAUAUGUAUAAUUAGAUACAUACAUUAGUUGAUUAACUAUAAUAAUUCAGUAUUACUUAAAUAUAAAUGAUAAACGCAUGUUUUGCAGCAUGAAAUCAAAAUUUUACCAAAAAAAUGUAGACGGACGCGUUCGAAGUGAAUUAAGGCAAUAAAAAAGUGAAUUUCAAA